AUGAACUCUAAUUUACCUUUGAUCCCACUUUCAAUUGGAGAACCAAAGCAUCCUGCUCCUGAGUUUGUGAAGCAAGCGAUCAUUGAUAAUUUUCAGCACCUUUCAACUUAUCCAAACAGUAAAGGUUUACCUGAACUUCGUGAAAGUAUUGCUCAGUGGCUAACCCGUCGUUUUAAACUGAAUGCGAUCAGUGCGGAAGAUCAUGUUCUUCCAGUUACAGGUACACGUGAAGGGAUUUUCUCCUUUGUACAAGCCUUGAUUAAUCGUGAUGACGCACCUUAUGUGGUAAUGCCUAAUCCGUUCUAUCAGAUUUAUGAAGGUGCGACUCUUUUAGCUGGUGCAAAGCCAUACUUUGUCAACUGUACCGAAGACAACAAUUACCUCGGUGAUUUUGAUGCUGUACCUGCUGAAGUUUGGGAAAAAACCGCGCUUUUGUUUGUUUGUACGCCGGGAAAUCCUACUGGUGCGGUACUUUCAAAAGCACAAUUUAAAAAGCUAAUUGCACUUUCUGACCAAUAUGACUUUGUGAUUGCGUCUGAUGAAUGUUACUCAGAAUUAUGGUUUGAUGAAGCACCGAUCGGCUUAUUGGAAGUCUGUGCUGAAUUAGGUCGUGACGACUAUAAAAAUUGUAUCGUAUUUCAUUCUCUGUCUAAGCGUUCAAACCUACCGGGUAUGCGCUCAGGUUUUGUUGCUGGGGAUGCAAACUUACUUAAACCUUAUUUAAAAUUCCGCACUUAUCACGGCGCUGCAAUGCCAGUCCAACAUCAAUUGGCUUCAAUUGUUGCUUGGAACGAUGAAACACAUGUUGAAGAAAAUCGCAGACUGUAUCGUGCCAAAUUUGAUUUGUUCCAAAAUGAACUCGGUCAUCUUUUACCAUUACAAAAGCCUGAUGCAGGCUUCUAUUAUUGGUUAAAAUUUUACCAGGGCGUUAUUUGUCUCGUGAUACUGAACAAGGCAAUCCUGGUGAAGGUCAUGUUCGUAUGGCAUUGGUCGCAGAUAUUGCUCAAUGUGAGCAAGUGA